GUCAAAGCCAAUGCAGUUCGGGCACUGUGGAGUAUCUCAAAAUAUGUAAAAUUGCAAUACCAGACAAGUAACCACGAGGUUUUACCAUUGCACCAUCACCAUUUAUCUUGCGUGGUAGAUUCGAGCUGGUUGGAGAGGACCGUGCAAGCAUUUAUUUCCAGUGUUACUACUGGUAAUGUUAAGGUUCAAUGGAAUGUGUGUCAUGCGUUAAGCAAUUUGUUCUCCAAUGAGACAGUAAAAACUGCAAGAUAUGGAUUGGUACUUCUCUCGGUUACCUUCACAAAGGCUCCAAGUGUUUUUAGUAUUCUACUAUUGCUGCUCCGUGAUGCUUCAAACUUAAAAAUAAGAAUACAAGCGGCUGCCGCUUUAGCUGUUCCAGCAACCCCACUUGCUUAUGGGAGAUCAUUCCUUUAUGUUGUAAAAGGUGUGGAACAUACUUUACAGAGUCUGAAUUCCGACAGAGAGACGACUCCAACAAAUUUCAAAUAUAAGAGAUCGCUAGAGAAUCAGUUAACCUCAACCAUGCUGCAUCUCCUGAGCCUAGUUUCGAGCUGUCAUUGUGAUGCGUUGACAGAUUUUCUCCUAAAAAAAGCCUCUUUUCUAGACGAGUGGUUGAGAGGAUUGUGUGUGACAUUGAAGGAGGAAGACAACGCGUCUCGAUCAAGCGACACAAGCACUUCAGGUGAGAAGCAGAAGAAAGAGUUGAUCUCUAAAGCUAUACGGUCACUCGCCAGAAUCUUAGGGGCUGGAUAUAUCCCUGAGAUGGCUCUAAAGUCAAAGCCAAUGCAGUUCGGGCACUGUGGAACAAGUAACCACGAGGUUUUACCAUUGCACCAUCACCAUUUAUCUUGCGUGGUAGAUUCGAGCUGGUUGGAGAGGACCGUGCAAGCAUUUAUUUCCAGUGUUACUACUGGUAAUGUUAAGGUUCAAUGGAAUGUGUGUCAUGCGUUAAGCAAUUUGUUCUCCAAUGAGACAGUAAAACUGCAAGAUAUGGAUUGGGCUCCAAGUGUUUUUAGUAUUCUACUAUUGCUGCUCCGUGAUGCUUCAAACUUAAAAAUAAGAAUACAAGCGGCUGCCGCUUUAGCUGUUCCAGCAACCCCACUUGCUUAUGGGAGAUCAUUCCUUUAUGUUGUAAAAGGUGUGGAACAUACUUUACAGAGUCUGAAUUCCGACAGAGAGACGACUCCAACAAAUUUCAAAUAUAAGAGAUCGCUAGAGAAUCAGUUAACCUCAACCAUGCUGCAUCUCCUGAGCCUAGUUUCGAGCUGUCAUUGUGAUGCGUUGACAGAUUUUCUCCUAAAAAAAGCCUCUUUUCUAGACGAGUGGUUGAGAGGAUUGUGUGUGACAUUGAAGGAGGAAGACAACGCGUCUCGAUCAAGCGACACAAGCACUUCAGGUGAGAAGCAGAAGAAAGAGUUGAUCUCUAAAGCUAUACGGUCACUCGCCAGAAUCUUAGGGGCUGGAUAUAUCCCUGAGAUGGCUCUAAAGUUGCAAGAGUUAGAUAGCAAUGUGAAUUGACUUUAGCUGGCUAUGUUUUGGGGUUUGUCUUGUUAAGAUAUGUGUACUAACACACACACACAAAAAAUAUUAAAUUUUUAAUUUUUAAUUUUCUCGCCAAGAUGUGUGUAUAUACACAAGACAAUGUUAAAUUUUUGAGUGUUUUUUUUAAUUUUGUUGUGAAUAUAUGUGUA